UAGGCAGCCCGUUUGACAGGCUUAACAGUUCAAUCUGUGUGACUGGCUGUGACUGUCGCUCAGCGUUGUUGAAGUCGUCAUAGUUUGUGCUGGAGUUGUCGCUUCAUUGGGACGAUAAGCAACUGUGAUUAGUUAAUUUACUCGAUGCGUUCGCCGUGAACAGACGUGUGCGUCGCAGUCGUGUGUAGUAAAGCAAAGAAAGCAAACAAGCAAGCAAGUAAAGAAGAAGCAGCGAUGCAAGUAGAACAAAAAAACAAAACGGAGUAGCAAACGUGUUUUCUUCUUUGGCUAAGAAACAAGUGUUUUGACUAGAAGCGAAUUGAACUUCAACAGAAAACGUGAACGCCUACGGAAUUGCGCGAGGCAAAAACAAAACCAAAAAAAAAAUCAAGUGUUACAAGUGACAAGUGCGCGAGUAAAAAGAAAGCAGGAAUAUUAACAAUUUAAAUAAACAAAAUUGAGAAAAAAAAUUAUUUAGAAAAUUUUGUGAAUACACUGAUUUAUUUCAUGCAAGUGUGACAAUUUUUGAAUCCUACAAAGUAAAUGCAAAAACUUAAUUUUCAAAUAUUCAAAAAGUUGUGAAAUCCCUCACCCGCGUUCCUGCCACGUCAACGUACGUGCAACCAAAAUCGCCACGGCACUACCAAUGGCCCUAGAGGAUCGCUGCAGUCCGCAAUCUGCACCAAGUCCGCCUGGCCUACCGCAAUCGCCACACCAGCACCGCCUACAGCAGCACCAGCAGCAGCAGCAGCAAUCACACCACUCGCAAUAUAGCCUCAGCCCCACAGCCAAUACCGUGCUGGACAUGAGCCUACAUCCACAUCCGCCACCGCCACCUCCACCACACAUAGCCGCCGCGCCUGCCACCGCCGCAAUGCUGCCACAUCCUGUGUCGGCAGUCGCCACCAAUGCAGCCGCCGCUGCCACACUCUAUCAUCAACACCAGCAGCUCCAACAUUUGCAUCACCUACAACAACUGCAGCAGCUGCAUCAACAACAGCUGGUCAAUGUCGCCGCCUUCCAUCAUCAUCCUGGCGGCUUUGAUGCGGCCACUGCGUUGGCCGCCGCCAACCAUGCCGCCUCACUGCACCAGCGGUUGGUCGCCUCACCAGGCGGCUCCUCCACGCCCUCAUCCACACCUGCCUCCACAAUGACGAUCAAGGAAGAGGAGAGUGACUCCAUCAUGGGUGAUAGUUUUCAUGUGGAUGCCGAAACGGCGACGCCUAGCAGCAGCGCACAAGCACGCGGCCACACCACAGAAGAUGAGGAUGCGGAAGAGGAAGGCGAGGACGAUGAAGAGGACGAUAUCGAUGUGGAUGAUGUAGAUGAUGCGCCUAGCGGCGUGCAUCAACGCACGCCACCACCCGCACAUCAGCAAUCCGCCAAGCCAACACUCGCCUUUUCGAUCUCGAAUAUACUUAGCGAUCGCUUUGGCGGCAGCGAGCCGGGCAGCCGCAGUUCCAACGGCCCGCACAUGCAGAGCACAGCGGCGCCCAAGCAAGCGCACUUGCAUACAAAUAGCAUUUUCAGGCCCUUCGAUGCCGCGCGCUCUGCCACACCCUCCGCCUUCACGCGUGUCGACCUGCUGGAGCUGAGUCGACAGCAGCAGGCAGCUGCCGCCGCUGCCACCGCCGCUAUGAUGUUGGAGCGCGCCAACUUUUUGAAUUGCUUCAAUCCCGCCGCCUAUCCACGCAUACACGAGGAGAUCGUCAACAGUCGCAUGCGACGCAGUGGCGUGCUGCCACCGGUUGGUGUGAAGUGCAACGAAAAUGGUACGAUUGGCACAGCAGAGCUUUCACCAGCUGCCGUCGGCACGGUAGGUGCCGCAAUGGAAAAGUCUGCUUUGGGUUCGCUCUGCAAAGCGGUCUCGCAAAUAGGCCAAACUGUGGCGGCACCAGCGUGCUCCAGCGCCUCCUCCGCGACAAGCGCGUCAAGUAUUGCCAGUCCGCCACCUGCUUCCAAUGCGUCGUGCACAUCCUCCUCAGCCUCAUCGUCCACGUCGGCGGGCAGUUCGCUAAAUUGUUCACCCACCAGCCGCCUGCCCAGCAAAAGCAGCAGUCCCCAGCCUAUACCGCCACCGUCGGCUGUCAGCCGUGACUCGGGCAUGGAGUCCUCGGAUGAUACGCGCUCCGAAACGGGCUCCACCACAACCGAGGGCGGCAAGAGUGAAAUGUGGCCAGCGUGGGUGUACUGUACGCGCUACAGCGAUCGACCCAGUUCGGGUCCACGCUAUCGUCGCCCCAAGCAGCCAAAGGAUAAAAAUAAUGAUGAGAAACGGCCGCGCACUGCAUUCUCCAGCGAACAAUUGGCACGUUUGAAGCGCGAAUUCAAUGAGAAUCGUUACCUUACCGAACGUCGCCGCCAACAGUUGAGCUCAGAGUUGGGUCUGAAUGAGGCGCAAAUCAAGAUUUGGUUUCAGAAUAAACGCGCUAAAAUCAAGAAAUCUUCCGGUUCGAAAAAUCCACUCGCCUUGCAGCUGAUGGCACAGGGUCUAUACAAUCAUACGACAGUGCCGCUGACGAAAGAGGAGGAAGAAUUGGAGAUGCGUAUGAAUGGGCAGAUACCGUAAGAGGCGUUGAGUGAAGAGGCGGAGGGGAAGAUUUCGUAUGCUCUGAGCUAUGAGUGGUACGAUGAUGACGUCGCGUGCAAUAAAAUAGGGGCGGGCGGGAGCCAGCAGUUGAGUUGUGAAGAGGAGCCUGUUAGGAGAGAUGUUAUAAAUAAGCUUAAAGAAGAGUUUGUUAUGUGAUAUAAGUAUGUAAAAGGAAAACAAACGAAAAUUAAAGAGAAACAA